AUGGAUCCGGAGAUGACAGUAAUCUACGACAGAAUAUUUCUGGUCAAAAGUUUUGCUUAUUUCUCCAUCCUCCUUUUUAUAAAUAUUUCUACAAUCUCCAACCUAAUCAAGCGGUUCCCUUAUAACUCCUCGACUGUCCAAAGCAACAAAAUGAUGAGAAGUCUGACAACUAUUGCAUUCAUCAACUCUUUCCUAUUCUUCCUCGUCUUACUCGACCCCCUCGGCGCGAUGGCGACCAUGACAGAGGACUUCCGCUAUAAUGCAACAAUGCUCACGUCUGAUGUGAUGUCUCUAUUUUUCCCUUACAUGCUCAUAUGUUUCGACAGGAAUGUGCAAAACAAGCUGAUGAAACUUUUUGGUUCGAAGGCAGUGGCUGAUAUGGUCCGGUCGAGUAUGACUUAA